CAUGUGGUGCUGGGCGGGCCGCGGACGCCGCACUGGCUGUGCCCCUGUGGUUUCAUCGGCAACUGGGCGUCGAGGCUUCAGUGCGGCGAGCGCGACAACAAGUGCUCCUCCAAGACGCAGUGGAACACCCUCACCACAGGGAGCGUGGGCACCACCAGCUGCGUCAGCCACGGAGCGCACACCCUGGGAUCGCAAGGGCUCUUCAAACAGCAGGCCCAGGAAGCCGAGGACCUCGGGAAUACCUUCUCGGACUUCAAGCGCGAGGCAGCUGCAGCUCAGCAGGCAGCCUUCAUCGAGCCCAAGACCGAG